AGCACAUAACUAAUAGUGAGAAAGGAAGCUGGGGAGAGACAAGGAGGAGAAGCAACCGAUCUCAUUAACAAGAGCUCAGUUUUGUCCCCGCGGACCCAGCCAGCAGAAGGGACUGACGAGCCGUGGCUCUGCCAGGGAGGUCGGGCUCCCUGCGGACAGUGGCAUCCUCUAUCUGCCUGCUCAGGGGGCGACCUGAGGCUCGGCCGGCCGUCGGGAAGUUUGCAGAACCGCACCAGCAGCAGCCUUGGAGAGGACCCGCCAGGACAGUGAAGUGUGUAUCUGAAUUUCAAUUCUAUAUUUUCUUGUUGGGAGGGCUAAUGGACUUUUAGUACAAAGAAAGUUCAAACUCAGCUGACCUGAAAGACUGGAAUUUCAGCUCUUUCCCUCCCUGGGUUGUUUUUCCUCCCCCUUCCUCUCAAAGCUCUUUAAACCAGAGAUUAACCGGUCAGUGACUGUGAUCCCGCCAAGGGUCUCUAACUUUGGGGCUUGGAAAGGAAAACCACUACCUGAUUAAAAAAGCACAUUAAUCUCGCCAGCGUUGUCAGGAGUGAUCAGCAAGUUUUAUUAAAAGCCCUGGGGUUCCCUGAAAGGCCUCCUUGUCUGAGUUGGCAAUGAAAGAGGCAUGUUAAGAUCUUGGGGCACAUUGUCAGGACCCUUUGCCCUGCCCCUUGGACUAUGAGCUGACGUCCCCGGAAGAAGCACAGAAGCCCUCCUUUGUUGAAGGGAUUUCACCGGUGGACGGAAGCGAGCUGGCCCCUGUCGGCAUGAACUUUUUGAACUGGGGUGGGCUGAAGGCCCUGCUGCUGCUCCUCCUGGGCUGGGCCAGCCCCACCUUCAUCAGCGUGAACCGGGGGAUCAGGGUGAUGAAGGGCAGCUCUGCCUUCCUGUCGGGAGAGGACCUGAAGUUUGCUAUCCCCAAAGAGAAAGAUGCUUGCAAAGUAGAAGUUGUGAUGAACGAGCCAAUAACCCAGAGGGUUGGGAAACUCACUCCACAGGUCUUUGACUGCCAUUUCCUUCCCAAUGAAGUCAAGUAUAUUCACAACGGUUGUCCAAUUCUUGAUGAAGACACAGUGAAGCUUAGACUUUACAGGUUUACUGAGACAGACACCUUCACGGAAACCUUUAUCCUGCGGGUCUAUCUCCUGGAACCAGACUGUAACAUCAUCCGAAUGAGUAACAAUGUAUUGGAGGUGUCUGAAUUCUACGGCCUGUCCCGAGCCAUUGAUAAGAACCUGCUUAGAUUUGAUUAUGAUAGGACGGCCAGCCUGGAGUGUACAGUCAGGCUGGACCCUGUGGGAACUUGGCUGCCAGCCCAUGGCCAGGUGGUUGUGGUAGAGCCUCAGCCGGAAGAGCCUCGUGGAGAUCAGCCACACAGUUUUUUCCCUAAGUCUCAACUGGGAACAGAACUCAAGUGUCCAGGUGGAAGCUGUACCCUGGGCCUGAAGAAACUAGGAAGUCUCAAGGUGAGCUGUGAGGAGUUCCUGCUGAUGGGGCUUCGAUACCAACAUAAGGACCCUCCUUCUCCCAACAUUGAUUAUAUCUCCAUCCAACUGGACCUCACAGAUAGCAGGAGUAAGAUUGUAUACAAGUCAGAGAGUGCGUGGUUGCCCGUCUAUGUGAGAGCUGGCAUUCCUAAUCAGAUUCCAAGGGCUGCAUUCAUGGCCACGUUUAUUCUGGAAGUGGAUCAGUUCAUCUUAACCUCUUUGACUACAUCGGCUCUGGACUGUGAAGAGGAUGAGACCCCCAAACCCUUGCUGGUGUUUAAUAUUACUAAAGCCCCAGUGCAGGGCUUUGUAACUCACCUGUGGGAUCACACCAGACCAGUCUCUUCAUUCACCUGGAAAGAUCUCAGUGAUUUGCAGAUUGCCUAUCGGCCACCAAACAGCAGCCAUUCUGAAAGGAGACAUUAUGAGGUGGAGUUGGAGGUAUACGACUUCUUCUUCGAAAGGAGCACACCAAUUACCGUCCACAUCUCCGUCAGAACGUCGGAUACGAAUGCCCCACGUGUGUCCUGGAACACAGGUCUGAAUCUCCUGGAGGGGCAGUCACGAGCCAUCACCUGGGAACAGUUUCAGAUUGUCGACAAUGAUGACAUUCGUGCGGUACAGCUCGUCACCGUGGACGGCCUGCAGCACGGGCGGCUCACAGUAAGAGGGGGGAAAGGAUUUCUCUUCACUGUGGCUGACCUGCAGGCUGGAGUUGUUCGCUAUCACCACGACGACAGCGACUCCACCAAAGACUUUGUGGUCUUCAGGAUAUUCGAUGGUCAUCACAGCAUCCGCCAUAAGUUUCCCAUCAACAUUCUGCCCAAAGAUGACAGUCCCCCGUUCCUCAUAAGUAAUGUUGUCAUUGACCUGGAGGAGGGGCAGACCGUACUGAUCCAGGGUUCUAUGCUGAGAGCUUCAGAUAUGGACUCCAGUGACGACUACAUCUUCUUCAAUAUCACGAGACCUCCUCAGGCUGGAGAGAUCAUGAAGAAGCCAGGACCAGGGCUGAUAGGUUAUCCUGUCCCUGGCUUCCUUCAGAGGGAUCUGUUUAAUGGCAUUAUUUACUAUCGUCACUUUGGUGGAGAAAUCUUUGAAGAUUCUUUUGAAUUUGUCCUUUGGGACAGCCACGAACCUCCAAAUCUCUCAGUGCCACAGGUGGUGACAAUUCAUAUCACUCCAGUGGAUGACCAGCUUCCGAAAGAGGCUCCUGGAGUUUCUCGGCACUUGGUUGUCAAGGAAACUGAGGUGGCCCACAUAACUAAGAAACAUCUACAUUUCAUAGAUACGGAAUCAUACGACAGGGGGCUGCUCUACACAAUAACAACUCCCCCAAUUUUCUCUUUCAGCCACAGACACUUGGACGCUGGGAAAUUAUUCAUGGUGGAUAGCAUACCAAAGCUAACCAAAAAUCCUGCAGCCCGGAGCUUGAAGUCAUUCACUCAGGAUGCUGUGAACUAUAUGAAAGUGGCCUACAUGCCACCAAUGAGCGAUAUAGGCCCCCAUCGGCAACACGUCCAGUUCACAUUUUCCAUCAGUAACCAGCAUGGCGGGACUUUGCAUGGGAUCUGCUUUAACAUCACGGUCCUUCCAGUGGACAACCAAGUUCCCGAGGUGUUCACCAAGCCCCUGAGCGUGGCUGAGGGAGGUCACUGUGUUCUCAGCACAGAGCACAUUCUGGUUUCCGAUGUGGAUACCAAACUGGACAACAUCUCCCUCUGCCUGCAGAGGCUGCCUCAGCACGGAAGGGUGGAGCUGGACGGAUUUCCUCUCAGCACCGGGGGCACCUUUUCUUGGGGAGAACUCCAUGCCUUAAAAGUUAGGUAUCAGCAUGAUGGAUCCGAGAUACUUCAGGAUGACAUGCUCUUGGAGGUCACAGACGGCACCAAUUCAGUUGAAUUUGUUCUGCACAUUGAGGUAUUCCCCAUCAAUGAUGAGCCACCGAUCCUAAAGUCUGACCUCAACCCCCAGAUGCAUUGUUCAGAGGGUGAUGAGGUGGUCAUCACCUCUGAAUACAUCUGUGCUACUGAUGCGGACAGUGAUGACUUGAAACUGCUGUUUGUGAUUUCUCGAGAGCCUCAGCAUGGGGUGGUGAGGAGAGCUGGAGUCACAGUUGAUCAGUUCUCUCAGGGAGAUGUUAUCUCAGGGGUGGUGACGUACAGACACACAGGUGGUGAGAUUGGCCUGGGGCCUUGUUAUGACACCAUUACGUUAGUGGUUUCGGAUGAAGAAGCAGGCCCUUUUGUGAAUGGCUGUUGCUACGAUGGACCUCAUCCAUCUGUUCCUCUUCAUAAGUCCUUUCCAGUGUAUGAUCUCAAUAUCACAGUACAUCCAGUGGACAACCAACCACCUUCAAUUGCAAUAGGUACCAUGUUCGUGGUAGAUGAGGGUUUCUCAGCAGCCCUCACCGUUAACCAUUUGUCAGCCACUGACCCUGACACGGCAGCAGAUGACUUGGAAUUUGUUUUGACUUCUUCUCCCCAGUUCGGUUACCUUGAAAACACCCUCCCUUCUGUGGGUUUUGAAAAAAGCAAUAUGGGCAUAAGUAUAGCUUCGUUUCAGUGGAAAGACAUGAAGGCUUUGCACGUUAACUACGUGCAGUCCAGGCACCUGAGGAUGGAGCCCACGGCCGACCAGUUCACGGUGUACGUCACAGACGGGAAGCGCCGCUCCCUGGAGAUACCAUUCUACGUUAUCAUCAACCCCACAAAUGACGAAGCUCCUGACUUUGUGGUGCAGAAUAUUACGGUGAGUGAAGGUCAGACGAAAGAGCUGGAUUCUUCCAUCAUCUGUGCUGCUGACCUGGAUGUUCCCGAGGACCCCUUGCUGUUCAGCAUCAUUCAUGAACCUCAGCAUGGCCUCCUCAUCAGUGGGGUGCUCAGCAGAGACUUGCCUCAGUAUAAGCAGCUAGCCAACCCUGGUCAGAAGCAUGAACUUGUUUACAACUUUUCCAUGGAACUUCUCAAGAAUGGAAUGAGGCUGAUGUAUGUGCAUGAUGACUCAGAGAACCUUGCUGAUGACUUCACAAUCCAGUUGUCAGAUGGGAAACAUAAAAUACUGAAGACCAUUUCAGUAGAGGUCACCCCAGUUAAUGAUGAGAAACCAGUGCUUACCAAGAAGGCUGGAAUUACAAUGAAUAUGGGUGAAACUCGGAUUAUUUCUAGUGCUGUUCUUUCAGCCAUAGAUGAAGACUCACCCAGGGAGAAGAUUUACUAUCUAUUUGAAAGGCUUCCCCAAAAUGGGCAACUUCAGCUUAAGAUAGGGAGGGACUGGGUCCCUCUCUACCCUGGCAUGAAGUGCACUCAGGAGGAAGUGGAUCUGAACUUGCUGAGAUACACACACACCGGGGCAGUGGAUUCCCAAAACCAAGACAGCUUCACCUUCUCCCUCUGGGAUGGCGACAACAGGUCACCUGCAUUUGACUGUCAGAUCACCAUCAACGAUAUGGGAAAAGGUGAUAUCGCCAUCCUUGCAAAACCACUUGUGGUGCCUAAAGGUGACAGAGGUUUCUUGACGACCGCCACUCUCCUUGCUGUGGAUGGGACAGACAAGCCCGAGGAGCUGCUGUACGUCGUCACCUCCCCGCCGCGCUACGGCCAGGUGGAGUAUGUCCGCUAUCCCGGAGUCCCCAUUACAAGUUUCAGCCAAAUGGACAUAGCAGCACAGACGGUCUGCUACGUACAUAAGAGGAAGACACCUGCUCCCAGUGACACAUUCAGAUUCAUUGUCAGCAAUGGACUGCAGACCAAGCAUGGGGCGUUUGAGAUCAUACUGGAGACUGUGGACAGAGCCUUACCCGUGGUGACCAGGAACAAGGGGUUGAGACUGGCCCAAGGGGCCACAGGCCUGCUUUCCCCUGACCUCCUUCAGCUGACCGACGCUGACACCCCGGUGGAGAACCUCACCUUCCUUCUGGCCCAGCUCCCACAGCACGGCCGGCUCUGCCUGCGGGGCACGGUGCUGCGCCAGCACAAUUUCACGCAGCAGGACAUUGACCGCGGGAACGUGGCCUACAGGCACUCGGGAGGGGACGCCCGCACGGAUAGCUUUACUUUUGUGGCCACAGAUAGGACAAACCAAGGCUUUGUCGUGAAUGGGAGAGUAUGGCAGGAACCUGUUUCAUUCACCAUCCAGGUGGACCCAUUGGACAGAACAGCCCCCCACCUCACACACUUGCGUUCCCCUUCUCAAGUGGGGCUUCUGAAAAAUGGCUGUUACGGGAUUUACAUCACUUCUCGUGUGUUGAAGGCAUCGGACCCUGACACCGACGACGAUCAGAUUAUCUUUAAGAUUUUACGGGGCCCCCAACAUGGACAUCUGGAGAACACAACAGGUGAAUUUAUCCAUGAGAAAUUUAGCCAAAAGGACUUAAACAGUAAGACCAUUCUUUACAUCAUAAACGCAUCUUUGGAAUUUAAUUCAGAUACCAUGGAAUUUCAAAUCAUGGACCCUACAGGGAACUCGGCCACUCCUCAAAUUUUGGAACUGAAGUGGUCUCACAUUGAGUGGUCACAAACUGAAUAUGAGGUCUGUGAGAACGUGGGGGUGUUGCCCUUGGAAAUCACCAGACGGGGCUAUUCCAUGGACUCGGCCUUCGUGAGUGUAAAGGUCAACCAAGUGUCAGCUACAGUUGGAAAAGAUUUUACAGUGACUCCAUCUAAACUGAUUCAGUUUGACCCAGGAAUGUCAACUAAGAUGUGGAAUAUAGCAAUUACCUAUGACGGAUUAGAGGAAGAUGAUGAGGCCUUUGAAGUAAUUCUGAACUCCCCUGUGAAUGCGGUUCUUGGCACAAAGACAAAAGCUGCAGUGAAAAUUUUGGACUCAAAAGGAGGACAGUGCCAUCCUUCAUACUCCUUCAGCCUAAACAAGCACAACGCAUGGAAGAAGGGCAUUUGGCACCCGCUGUCCUCAGGGUCUUCCUCCCCCACCAUUUCUGGUUCCUUUCAUCUGGAAAGAAGACCUCUUCCAUCUUCCAAGCGGCUAGCAGUCAACAGGGGAGACACCCCACAGGGCUUUGAUUCUACAGAUCUUUAUGGAAUGAAGCUUAGAACCCGAGGGAAUGGCAGAACAGUUCGUCCAUCCUCUGUUUAUAGAAAUGGGACAGACAUCAUCUAUAAUUAUCAUGGAACGGUGUCUCUGCAGCUGGAGGAUGACAGUUCCCCGAGUCCCAGAAGGAAGACCAAAGUGUCCACUAUUAGUCGGCCACAAAAAUCCUUCAAAGUGGCUGGACUGCCUCAGGCAGAGAAGGUGGAAUCCACAGCCAGCUCACACUUCCCCAGACAGGGCCAUUUGCCCUCAUUCCCAAGGAACUGCACGCGGGAAUUGAAGGGACUCUUCCAUUUCGAAGAACACCUCCGAAAGCUGUACAAGUGCAAUGGGAUUGCCUGGACAGCGUGGAGCCCCCAAACCAAGGAGGCGGAAGACAAAUCCUGUCCAGCUGGGUGGCACCAUCACUCAGGCUACUGCCACUCCCUGAUCACAGAACUGAAAGUCACGUGGAACACAGCGGCCCGCGCUUGCAGGGAACAUCACCUGGGCAGCCUUGUGACUGUCCUGUCCAGGCAGCACAUGCAGUGGCUCUGGGACUUCAGCGGAAGGACGCCCUUCUGGAUAGGUUUGAAUGAAAAAGUGCAUGCUGGCCACUGGGAGUGGAUUGGCGGCGAACCUGUCACCUUCACCAACUGGAGGAGAGGUCCCCCUCGACGUUCAAAGCCUGGCACGAACUGUGUUUUGGUUCAACGACAAGGAAAAUGGCAAACAAAGGACUGUGGGAAGGGCAAAGCUCACAAUUAUGUGUGUUCUUGGAAACUCUAAAUGUCACUGG